CUGGGUCACCAUUUGCUUGUUAGUCAAGCCCUCUGGAAGUGUCAGCGAGUCUUCGUCAGCCUCGGACACAUUUUCUUCUUUUGUCCUUCAUUCGUAUUCACAUUUUAUACAUUUAGCAAAGGCCAACAGUACUGUUAGUACAGUAUGUAAUGAAACAUGUUUUCUGGUUUCUGUCCAUGUUCCUACAAUCUUUCUACAGCUUCCUCCUCUCCUGUAUUAUCCUCCUCCGUGCAUUUCCAUGUAUUUCUGAUAAAGAAACUUUGAAAACAGGUCAAAUGUGACCCGAAAACAACACAUAGGUGAAAUUACUGAAAAAAGUAAAUAACUAGACCAACAGUCAUUUAAAUAUGUAGAAAUGUAAAUUAUAGCGUUUUUGACAUUACAGAGGUUCUUGGUUUCUGUCUGUUUGCCUGUUAUGAACGUUGUUACUACUGAAUUACAUUGUUGGAUAUUUGUCAUUGGGUUUUUUUUUGUGAAUAAACAAUAACUAGUGUGUUGGUACAUAUAUCAUUGUGAGUGCUAUAUUUUUUCAUGGGACCUGCUGAAAUGUGACUGCCCCCCCCUAACUCAGGACAGCAACGUCUGACAAUCACACAAUUUGCUAUACUUGCAUGUUAUGAGGUCUACUAAAAGUCCUGAAAAGUUUGUCUUUGUCAGCCUUUGCAAUCCUGAGUUAUGGGGGUGCAGUCCUUUUUUGGCAGGGGUAUAUGGGACCUGCCGAAAUGUGACUGCCCCCCCCCAACUCAGGACAGCAACGUCUGACAAUCACCCAAUUGGCUUCUGUAUUUUUUUUCAAACUGUAUUUUUUUCAAACUUUUCAGCACUUUUAGUAGACCUCAGUCACAUGUAUUACAUUUACAUUAUUACAUGUUAUAUAGCCUACAGAACACACACACAAAGCGACGCACGGGUCUGCUCCAGAGCUCCGUGAGUUUGAGCCUGAACCAUGUAGACUGUUAACGUCACGGCAACACGGAACUUAAACUUUGUGUUGCUUAAAACAACUAGGCUAAUGACAUUCGGGGCUACAAUAAAAACAUUUGGGGCUGAAGCCCUUCAAAAGUGACCUGGUUACAGUUUUUUCUGAUUGCUUAAGCGCUAAUCGUGAAUCUUGUAGCACAAUUUCUAAAACUAUUAAUACGUAUAGCAAAACCACUCACUGAGUUUGCAAAACUAAAAGCACAAACACUGCUUUGCACUCAUUUUGCAAUUUUGUAACACACACUUUGCAAAACUGUAGGCACAAUUCACAGCACAACACUCUUUUUGCAGAACUUUAAACACAACUCUGUGCUUACACUCAAUUACCACAUUUCCAACACACUACUAGCAAAAUUAUACACAUGUAUGGCUAUCAUUAACACUAUUUUGCCAACUGUCUGGCACACAUUCACAUGUGAAAACUGUUUUAGAUAAUUAGUUCACUUUGCAAUCAGCCUAAGCACUAUAAAUAAGCCACAGGUAAGCUGUCUGUGUGGAGUACAAUGGAAGGAGCAGUAAGAGUGAGAAGAGUGAGAAUCAGAGGAGGCCGAGGAAGAGGACGAGGACGUGGACGUGGAGUUGAAGAAGUUGGAGGGAGAGGACAUGGACUUGAAGAAGCGAGAGGGUUAGAGGAAGUUAGAGGAAGAGGACAAGGAGGAGCAAGAAGAGGACGAGGAGGGGAAAGAGGAAGGGUAAGAAGAGUAAGAAAUAGAAUAACUGAUGACAUCAGAGCUACAGUAGUGGACCAUGUCAUCAACCAUGGGAUGACCCUGAGGGAAGCUGGCCAACGCGUUCAGCCUAAUUUGAGCCGCUACACUGUGGCAAGCAUCAUUAGGACAUUUCGAAAUGAGAAUCGGUAAGUACUUUGUAGCACUGCCAUACUCUAAUGAGAAACACAACAGUACCAUACAUGCAAAAAUACUGAAAUUGUUACUUUACAGAAUUGCUAGACAUCCAGAUGUUGGGGGCAGAGGAAGAAUGUUCACUCCAGAGCAAGAGACCCAUAUAGUGAACAUGGUGAUUGCCAAUAAUGCAAUAAGACUGCGCGAAAUACAGCAGCGCAUAAUUGAUAAUGACACCAUCUUUCAAAAUAUACACAGUGUAAGCAUUUCUGCACUAAGUCGUGUACUUGCGCGCCACAGAAUAAGAAUGAAGCAAAUUUACAGAGUUCCUUUCGAGAGAAACACAGAACGUGUAAAGCAACUGCGAUAUGACUAUGUGCAGAGAGUGAUGGAACUAGAAGCAGAUGCCAUGGGACAUGAGCUACUUUUUGUAGAUGAGGCCGGUUUUAACCUCAGUAAAACCAGGAGACGUGGCAGGAACAUUAUUGGACACCGUGCCAUCAUCAAUGUCCCAGGACAACGUGGUGGUAACAUAACCAUGUGUGCAGCUAUAAGCCUAAAUGGUGUUGUUCACCAUCAUGCAACCAUAGGCCCAUACAACACUGCACAUAUUAUUGCAUUCCUGGACACCUUACAUGACAUGCUCACUGUUCAGAGACCAGAGCAUACCCGAUAUGUCAUCAUAUGGGACAAUGUAAGUUUCCAUAGGGCUGCUUUGGUCCGCAACUGGUUUACGGACCACCCAUUCUUCAUGGCACUCAACCUCCCUCCAUACUCUCCAUUCUUAAAUCCCAUCGAGGAGUUCUUCUCUGCCUGGCGUUGGAAAGUGUACGACCGUCAUCCUCAUCAACAGGUAGCCCUUUUACAGGCAAUGGAGGAGGCAUGUGGAGAUAUUGAUCAGGCAUCAUGUCAAGCCUGGAUACGGCAUUCAAGGAGAUAUUUUCCCCGGUGCCUUGGACUGGAGGAUAUCGCAUGCGAUGUGGAUGAAAUUUUGUGGCCGGACCCAGAAAGACGACAUGAUGUAGACUGAUUGUCUUUUAUACUUUUUUUUUUUUUUGUGAAAUUACUAUUUUGUGUUCUGACUCUGUCUUGGUUUUGAUGAGUGUGAAUAAACACCAAUACUUGAAGUUUGGAUCCUUGUAUGUUUACAUGACACUAUGACAAAAGUAUGACCUCAAAUUGACAUCUGUACACAGAGAAAGCAAAAGCCAGAUGUGUUUUGUAUUCAUACCAUCAGUGUGUAGUUGCCACAUUGUGUGCUUAGUAGAUGAUGGCUUGUGUUUACUCUUUGACACGAAAACACCAUUUUUACGAAGGUGUGAAGAGUUAAUCUAGCUGUGUUCGCUUUUGCAAGAGAACUACAAUGUUUUGAUAAUUGGGUGAAAGGUUUUCUUAUUUGUGUCUAGAGUUUUGCAAAAAUAGCCAAUAGUUACAAAAAAUGUGCUUAAGCAAUCAGAAAAAACUGUAAUAUUGGUGAACAUAACUAUUUAGACUGACCAACAUUGCCCUCUAGCGGCGUGGAGUCGUAUUUCGGCAGGCAGUCUUUUUUUCGGCACAACACCGGUUACGGCAAAAGUUGAAUCUAUCAACUAGCUCCGCUAUCUUCUUCGUUGCUCUGCCUGGUUGUAGCGUGCAGAGGGAAUUAGAAA